UGCAGCGGAAAUGAUUAUGCUCGCGCCCCUUGCUUCGGCAAUCUUUAUCUAUCUUUGUGGGCGCCAUAAGCAAUGAGUUCCCACUCUUUUUGUACUGUACCAAUCACCACGCCCCAUUUAAGGCCGAGAAUCUCGUACAUUCGAUGAACAGUACUAAAAGAGUGAAAUUUUAUUGCUUUUGGCGCUUGAGGGGAUGGGUUAACAUACGACGUGGCUUUCACUAGAUUUAUUUGAUGGCGUUCGCAAAUUAUCCUCCUUCUACAUCGGGCGGGGUCGAGCGCACGCGUACCAAAUAUACUAUGAAAAUGAAAAUUACAAAUGAGACCUACAUAUGAAUCAGACAAUAUGGGCACGAAAUCUCUUCGUGGGCUUGCUUCACACGGCGUUAUCGGCUGAAGGGUGUGUUGUACCAGAGGCCAUGAAGAGCAAACUUAUUGAUAGCGGCAGGGUUGAAGAUGGAGUACAAUGGUGUAGUUCCUCAAAUUUAUUUCAUCUGAUCAUAACUAAAUAAAAUAUUUCUUCACGAUCUCGAAGUCGAUGUUUGGUCGUGAUGGACGAAGGGGAAACUAUCAGCGACGAGAGAGUCGCACCGCUAAUUCAAAUUCUCGCAUGGCUCUUUUUGUCGUUCUGUAUCAUUUCGGUGGCAGCGCAAUUCAUAACUAAGCACGCGAUGUCAAAACCAUUUGAAGUCACCGACAUAUUACUAUUCGUCGCGCUUGUACACUCCUAUUAAAUCUCUUUAUAAUUAACUCUACUGACCUCGUUUGAGUAGGCUCUAGCAAUUGGACAGACUUCAACUCUGCUGUGUCCUGCUGCACAAGUUAUUGGAAAUUCGCCGGCAGGGCUUUCUGAGGCGGUGAUUCGGGGAGCAUUUAAGGCACUAUAUAGCAGCGACAUGCUCGGCAUCUUUGCCCUUGUAGCUACAAAAGUCUCUCUGUUGAUCGUGCUUCUCUUAAUUACGCCGAUUAGGGUUCAUCGAGUCAUUAUUUGCGCUACAAGCAUAGUUGUAGGGAUAUGGGGGAUCAGUGCGGUCUUCACCAUUGCUUUUCAGUGCCCCUCUCCUCGGAGGUGGGAUAUUUUGAAUGAAAAAUGUAUUGACAUUCGGGCGGCGAUGAUAUACAGCGCCAUCAUGAACAUAUUGACCGAUGCAGCAUUGAUGAUUAUCCCGUCGGUAAUCAUUCUACAAGUUCAAACAACAUGGGAGAACCGAAUGAAGUUUUUGGGAGGAUUCUUGUUCCGUGGGAU